GUCUGCUUGCAUGAACGUCUGCCUGUUGAUUUAUCCUGCAGAAACAGCAACAGAGGAUCCAACAUGAUACCUUCAGUUACACUCAACAAUGGGGCAAAGAUGCCUAUUGUGGGUCUAGGAACGUGGAGGGUAAGGCUGAACAUUUUCUUGCUCCUACUUCCAUCUCUGGUGAGAGGAGCCUGUAAGAAGACGCUUAGUGACCUGAAAUUGGAUUACGUGGACCUUUACCUCAUGCAUUUCCCUAUGGGAGCCAAGCCAGGGGAUGAGAUGUUUCCAUGUGAUGAGAAUAACCAGCUAAUUUCUGAUGGCAGCAACUUUUUGGACACCUGGGAGGCUAUGGAAAACCUGGUGGAUGCUGGUUUGGUCAAGGCUAUCGGCAUCUCCAACUUCAACAAAGACCAGACUGAAACUGAAGCCCUACUCAACAAGCCAGGCCUCAAGUACAAGCCUGCCAACCACCAGAUUGAGUGCCACCCGUACCUGACCCAGGAGAAGCUGAUCAACUACUGCCACUCAAAGGGCAUCUCAGUGACAGCUUACAGCCCCCUGGGCUCCCCUGACAGACCCUGGGUGACAUCUGAUGAUCCCUCGCUGCUGGAGGAACCUAAGAUCAAGGCUAUUGCUAACAAGUACAACAAGACUGCAGCACAGGUUCUCAUCAGAUUCCACAUCCAGAGGAACGUGAUCGUCAUAGCCAAGUCAGCAACGCCCCAUCGGAUCAAGGAAAAUUUCCAGUUGUUUGACUUUGAGUUAAGUGAAGACGACAUGAAGACCAUGCUGACGGGCUUCACAGAGAGGAGAGCAUUCUUACUACAGUGGGCCUCGACACACAAAGACUUCCCCCUGAAUACUGAAUAUUAGCUCAUCAGAACAUGCUGCACCAUUUCUGCCUUUCACCAACGAUUCAGUUUUCUUUUAAUAGAAUUUACAUAGUCCUAUCAAACUACUCCCUGACCAAUGUGACAGCUGAAUUAUUAUGUUACUAAACUUGUGCUGGAUCAAUUUUCAUAUAAUACUCACCACUGGAAUAAUAAAUUCAGUGAAUGUACUGGUUAUAUAGAUGUAUAGAGUACAACAGUGGUUGUAAAAUAAAUGUGUGGGGUAAUACCUGACAAAGGGUAAAUGACAUUAACUGUGGGUGACAGAGAUUGAACAUGAUCACUAUGAAUGCUAUGUAGGUACUGAAGUAAGACAACAAAGAAGAUGAGAGGUCAAGUACAUAGAUGUUAAGGUAGAUUUAAGUGGUGUGAUGUAACGAAGUAAAAAUGCCCAGACGGGCUUCUCUGGAGAUACUGGCUAUAUAUUUACAAGAGAUGCUCACAGCGACUCUAUCAUCUAAGGAAUCUUAGUGGCCUCAGUGUUAGUAAGCAGAUUUUAAUAUUAGUGUACAAAACCAUGGUUGAGAGUGUUUUAACUUUUCACCUUCCUGCCUGGUACGGUUGUUUUAACUGUACAUCUAAGAAUAAACUCUGGGAUUGUGACAACGGUAGGUGAAAUAGUUGGCAAGCCACAAAAGCCCUUGACACAACUCUUUACAGAAAGGACAAGGACAAAAGUGAGGAGUAUCUAGGCAGAUAGCUCUCAUGCUCUCUUCAGCCAGUUUGAGCUCUUGAGCUCCAGGAGGCGCUAUAGAGUACCCCUGGCAACUACAACUGUAUUUAAGAAGUCCCUCAUCUGAAGUGCCAUCAGUAUUCUUAACUCAUAUAUGUUCUUAUAUAUGUUAAGUGUUUUCUAAUGACCUUGUAUGUUUGUUUUAUGCGUCUUGAAGCUUGUUUGCUUUUUAUUAAGUUGUCUCUUGUGUCUGGUGAGCUGAAGACAAAUUUCCACCCUGGUGGACAAUAAAGAUAUAUUCUACUCUACUA